UUCCGGCCGGCCCACUGGCAGCGGCGGCGGCGGCGGCGGCAGCGAGGAGGGCGAGGCCGCAGGAUUCAGCAGCCAAGCACCAGGACCAGACACCCAGCGAUGACCAGCUCGCCUGUCUCCAGAGUCGUCUACAACGGCAAGAGGAACAGCAGUCCCCGCUCCCCCACCAACAGCAGUGAGAUCUUCACGCCGGCACACGAGGAGAAUGUGCGCUUCAUUUAUGAAGCCUGGCAGGGUGUUGAACGAGACCUGCGCAGCCAGCUGUCUGGUGGAGAGCGGGGCCUAGUGGAGGAGUAUGUGGAGAAGGUUCCCAACCCCAGCCUGAAGACCUUCAAGCCCAUUGACCUGAGUGACCUGAAGCGCCGGAACACGCAGGAUGCCAAGAAGUCCUAGAGUGCCUGGCGCCCCUCCCCUGGCCUCCGGAAGAUCAGGGUGCACUUGAUGUUGGUUUCCUCUGCUCCUGGGAGGGGGGAGAGUGCUCUAGUGGGCUGUAGUCCCCAGGGCCAGCAGGAUUGGUGACCAAGGCCCUUCCUUUCCUCUCCAGGGUCUCAAGUUGCCCCUGUCACUGGGGGAACAGGGGUCUGGCUAUGUCAGCCCUUGUCCCUUUCCCCUGCCAGCUGCAUCUUGGGUAGCACCUGGCCCUGCCUACCUAGCCCUCUCUGCUGUUACCUGCCAUGCCUCGCGCCUCUCCUUCCUGGCCACCUAAGGUCAGAAAGGAAAAAAGGGAUCUCUCUUCGGCUGUUGGGACCUCGAAUGACCGGAAAUCAGGACUGUGCAAUCCCACCUGCAUCCAGUGUGGCUCUCUUUGUGAAGCCUGGACGUUUGGGGGGCUCCCUCAUCCCACUGUCCAUCUCGCCCCUUUCUUGCCUCAGUUUCAGAGUGGAGUCAACUCUGAGCCGAGGACAGUGCUGGCUCCUGAAGGGGCUUCUAGCGACCAGACCUGGUCUCCUGGUACCUGUAGCCCUGUGGCCAUAGCAGUGCCCGUGAGCAGGAGCACUGAGGCUGACCUUGAAGGUGUGGUGCUGCCAGGCCUGUCCUGGCUUUCUGGGGUGUACUGGGAGGAUCACCAAGGCCCCCUUUUUUGUGCCCUCUUGAAUCCAGGUGUCUGUGUUGGAGACGGAGACUGAGGGUCUGUGAAUAAAGGCUGGUGGCACUGGA